UAUCAAUUAUAUUUUUCAAGAAAUGGUCCAUUUUAAGAAAAUAGUGCUACGUGAUGUAUGGCGAACAUGUAAUAAAAUAAGAGCCGCUAUAUUUCGUACAAAAGGUUUAAAUUUGUAUGACUAUUUUCGUGCUUUUGAUCCGAAAGGAAAUUGUGUAGUAAAAGAAUCUGAAUUUAUUAGUAUAUUUGCAAAUCAAUUGAAGAAUGCAAUUGGUUUAUCAGAUCAAGAAAUUAUUGAUUUGGCUGAUUAUUUUCGGAUACAAGAUGGGCGAAUAUUAUACACUCAAUUAUGUGAUGUAAUUCAUACUAAAGAGCCAGAUUUCGAGAAAAAUGAAGAUAUUGUAAGUGGCUUAGAAUGGGAUGAUCCUUUACAUGUGAAUCGUCUCAGUCAGACUGAACAACGACGUUUAUGUUUACUCAUUUCUAAAAUAGCUACGGCUAUAAAUAUGCGACGUUUAGUAUUGCGACCAUAUUUUCAAGAUUAUGAACUCGUUGCAAAAAAUAUUGGUUGUGUUACAAUUGCACAUUUUGCAAGAAUUUUAUCAUUUUUAAACCUUCUUGUGUCACCAGCAGAUUUUAAUUUACUUGUUAAAAAAUAUAUUAAAGAUAGCUAUACAAUAAAUUAUGUAGCAUUUUUAAAAGACAUCGAUGAAGCUGUUAAUUAUAUGGACCAAAAUGGAAUGUUGGAUAUCGGAGGAGAUUUACAUACUUUAUUCCCUGGCAAAAUACUAAAUGCAGAAUUACCCAAAUUACCUCGACCAGAAAUAGAUAAGAAGAGUCCAGCAAGUGUAUUUGGAAUUCAAAAUGUAUUUCAUCCUGUAUUAGUACCUAAACCGGAACAGGAAGCUUUAAUGAAUGUUAUCCUUAGAAUUCAACGUCAUGUUUAUCAAAAUAUGAUACGACCUAAAUACUUUUUUCAAAAUUUUGAUCCAUUAAAUACUGGACGUUGUACAAUAAGCCAGUUUCGACGUGGGAUUGAUGCAAUGGGAAUUAGUAAAUUGGGUCGAUUAUAUAUUACGCCCGAAGAAUUUGAAGCAUUAUCACUACAAUAUCGUGAUCCAAUCGAUCCAAAUCGUAUAUGCUAUGAUACAUUUGAGUCGGAUAUCGAAUCUGUAUUUACAACUCGUGAAUUAGAGAAGUAUCCAAGUUUAUCAAAAAUUGGACCCCAACGAGAAGUAUUUGAAUUGCCACGAAAAGGAGGCACUGAUUGGGGUAAUGUUCUGGAAGAACGUAAAGAAUUAUGUGAAGUAGCAUUGGAUAAAGUGAAGCGUAAAACUACCUCUAGGCGAAUUCUACUGAAACCAGCUUUUAGGGAUUAUGAUUUGCAUAGUAAUGGACACUGUUCUCGAUCACAAAUGCGGCAAGUUUUACUAUCAAAUGGUAUUUUACUAUCUGCAGAAGAAUUAUAUGCACUUGAACAACGUUACAUAGAUGACGUCGGAUUCAAUUUUAGUUGGUUCUUAUCAGAAAUCGAUUCUAGAAAAGUUGAAGAACCGUUGUAUAAUAAAUAUGUGGACGUAUUAGAACGAAUAAAUAAAAAGCCAGCAGAAAAAAAACCUGACAAAAUUGAAACUGAUAUUGUUCAAAUAUUAGCAAAAAUUAAAUCAAAAGUAAUUCGCGAACGUAUACGUCCAUUAGAAUUCCUUCAAACCUUUGAUAAGCAUAAUGAAUUGGUUGUAACAAAAAAUGAUUUCAAAAGAGCCUUGGAUGUAUGUCGCUUUGACUUAACUGAAACUGAAUAUAAUACUUUAAUGGCGGUGUUUUCAAGUCCAGGUCGUCCAAAUUAUGUCGAAUAUAAAAAGUUGACCGAUGUUAUCGAAGAAGGUUUGACGCAAUCUGGUUUAGAACGAGCACCUUUGAUUGUACCAGUACAACAUUUACCAACUCGAGACUCUGUGCGAAACUUUUUAAAUUUCGAAGAACGGCGCAUUUUGUCUGUGGCAAUGCAGAAAUUAUCGAAAGCAUGUGAUAUUAAAUCGAAUUUAUUGGAAUUAUUUAGGGAUUAUGAUCGAAUGAAUUGUGGAACUGUCUCCAAAAACCAAUUAAUGAAAGUCCUAUCCACUCGUGAUAUGAUGAAAUCGAUCAGCAUGCAAGAGUUUGAAGUUAUAUGUAAAUGUUUUAGUUUUGAGCGUGGUUUACGUGAUGAAGUUGAUUAUCGUGGUUUUUGUAAAACAUUAGAUUUGAUAUAUGAAACAAACAAACAAUUACCAUUUUAG